AUGCCGGUGAAGGAGAAGGAGGGGGCACUUGUAGAGGAUAUUAAGAGAGAUCUUCUACACAUCCGAGAAAUGAUGUUUGAAACAGGGGAUGUGUCUAGACUGGAUGAGUGCGACUUCAGGAAGCUGGCAUGGAUAUACAAGAAUCCUCAGCAGCAGGUGGUUUUUGUGAGAAAGAUACAUAACCAGAUUAUUCAGGAGGUGCUAGCAUUCUUGUCUGAGGGGCGUGAUGUCGAGGCAAUGAUGAACAUAUGCAUCUUGUAUGAGGUAUUUGACAGCCAGGAUCGCAUGAUUGAUAUAGAAAUGCAACUGGAGUGGAUUGAAUCAAUCAAUGAGCAUGUGCAUAGCAUGUGGAAGAAGGCAGAGCAUGGAAUUGUCCGUGAGGGGCUGAGUGUGUGGGAUUUCCUGAGAAGCACAAAUGCAAUCAGAAUAUGCAUAAUGCCGUUUCCUGAGGACGAUCGAUGCCUGAUGGUCCUUGAGGAUGAACUCUGCCAAAUAUCAAGUGUACUUGAUGGAUUUGAAGCAGGAGGGGAGCCUAAGAAUGGUCUGGGUGGAUAUGCAGAGGAUGCGAAUGACAAAUAA